AUGCAAAUCUCAGCAAGCACCAGAGCCACUGGAAAGUCCCUUCGUCCGACUCGAUUCAUCCUGUGCUGCAAUUACAACCAAGCUCGUACAUUUGUUCAGAGCUCCGUGUUGAGGGAUGAAAGCGCAAGCAGCGAGGAGGGUGCUUUCAAGAAAGGCAAACCAGCCAAGGUAGAUCCUCAGGCCGUGGAGGGCUGGUUCCGAGGUGAAGGUCUCCCCUAUCUAAAUCCUACCCCCGGGAAACCAAAUUGGCUAGGUGGCAAUAUUCCUUACCCAGAUAAUCCCACCUUCAAACCUCCGCCACCAUUGUCAGAUGUUGUGAAGACAUCCAUAUAUGAUCGAUACCUCAAGUCACCUCAGCUAGCAGCAUCUAAUUCAGAAUCCCACAACCAAACAGUCCGAACUCUCAGUGAACAAUUCGGUGUUUCGAUUGCUCGUAUCGAGGCCAUCGUUCGCCUGAAAAACUAUGAAAGACAAUAUCAAAAGGGCAAGAAACUUCAACAUGCUUUUCAGCGAGGAAUGGAAUCUUAUUUGGGCGUUCACCCAGAGAUAGAUCGAGCCAUUGUAUCGGACUCUAGAGUCGACCCCUUAGAAAUCAAUGUUACAAGGCAGCGAACAGCCGAUGUCGAUAACGAAAUAUCUGGCACUGCUAAUAGAGACCAGCAGAGAGGCGGUGCGGCCCGUAGGGUUUGGUGGGAGAUGGUGGAAGAUGCUCCAGACUCGCAACCUGUCGUACCCGGAAUCGUUGCCAAAGGCUUGGAGAGCUAUCGUAACAAACUCUCGGAAGAUCAAAAGGCACAUGCGGGGAUAUCCUUGCAUGUCGACGGUCCGAACCCCCUGCAGGAAAGCCUCGAACCGUAUUCACUUUCGUUGACACGGGUGCUCGGGGCCCCGCCAAAAAAGCUCGCGCUGAUCACAUUCCGUUCAUCUUUUUCUCUGUCAUUGCUUGCAUGUAAAUUUCUUUUCAAAUUCUAA